GGCAAAAUCGUAUUGAACACAAUAACAACGGAAAAAAAUCGAAAAGUAAAUACCUAUUGUAAUAGGUGGGGUGAGCAAGAAAAGCUCGUCAUAAAUGCAUGCAUACAUAAGUACGUAUUUAUAUGUAUGCACACAGUAUGUAUAGAAAAAAUAAUAAUACAUAACAUGAAAUUAAUUAACUGCGCUGCAGUAAGUUCGGUGCAGUGUUUAGUGGCAGCAGCAGUUGUUCAGAAGUAAUUAAAUUCAUGCACGUCGCCAACUUAAACGUCAACCGACAGACACCAACGACAUCAGUUCAUUCGUGAGCGCAUCAAAUCAACCUACGCGAAUUCUUUAACGUGCCAAUUACAACAAAAAUUAUAAAAAAAAGCUUAACUGAAUAAAAAAAAUAAAUAAUAAUAAUAAUAAAUUAAUUAUAAGAUUAAUGCAAGUUUAAUGAAGUAUAGCCCAAAAUAAAUCUCAGCACUUUCGAAUGUGUUGUAGCCGAUCAGCACCAGCAAUCACUGGGUACAGUUUUUCGAAAUUGUUCAUAUUUACAUUUUUCAUUGUGCAUCAGUAACAAAAUUGUCUAUAGUGAAUAUGUACGCGCUUAGCUGCGACCGUCGCCAUUACCGUGAUUUACUUUGAUGCACAUAAACACCAAAAUUAUUUGGCGUCACUUGAAAUUUAAAAAUUCAUUAAAGACAAUAAGUAUUUGACCGAUUCAAACUUAUUGCUGCGUAGUGUACAGAGAUUCUUUGCGAGCGUUUGUUGCGAGCGUUUGCCGACGCGCGCGUAGUAUGGAAAGCAACGCAUUUGGAAGCAGCCAUUUGCCGUCACAAGCUUUAGUCGUUCUUUCGGAGGCUGCUUCCGGUUUGCAUGAGGCUUUAAGGGGCCAACGGCCUUUUCCAACACGAUUACCAGACGCCAAAGAUCUACACAACAUGUCACUUGUCGGCAGUUAUGGCACACAUCUGCUGCACAGCUUCCAUCCACACCUUCUACAGACGCUCAACCAUGGCAUGCUGGCGGCCAAUGGCGGUCCAGCGAGCUACUUUGCCGAUCGCGGACUCGGAAAACCGUCGGUGCUAUCGAAUUUUCAAUUGCCUUCUGCGUUUUCACCACCCAAAUAUAUUGGCAUAUCACUCGAUCAGAAUCUUUUCAACGGCAACGAUUCAUUUCGCACAGACUCGGCAAGUCCCACUUGCACUUCCCACGAAUCGAUGGAAGGAUCAAACGAUUACGACAACGGUGAAAAGGGUGAAAGUCCGCGCAGCAACAACUCCGAUCCGAGGGAUUUAAGGCAUGUCCACAGCAACAAUGGUGGCGGCAGCAAUAGCAGUAGUAGUAGCGGUGGCAUUGGUGGGAUCAAAGCGUCAUCAGCAGCUGCAACGGCAACUUCCAUGGCGGCCGCCGCUGCGGCCGUAGCCGCCUCAGUGGCGUCAACCACAUCCUCGCCUGCGUCAGUAAAUCAUCUCGGUCAUCACCAUCAUCAUACACACCAUCAUCACCAUCAUCCGAAUGGUGGCCUGUUAGCCGCGGCGAGUUUGGGUGGCAUGGGUAGCCUCGGUAUACCGGUAAGCUGUGCAGGUUUGCGCGGUGUGACGAGUGGUCUCAGUGGCUUGACCACAGCUGGUGCCGUUGGUGUGGGCAUUGGCAGCGGUGGCAGUUCGAGUGGCAGCAAUAGUAGCGGCCUAGCAAGUGUACUCAGUUUGCCGCCAGGUCAUGUGCCAGAUAUUUGCCCCAUCUGUGGUAUUAAAAUUUCGGCAGAAGAAUGGAAUUCACACUUUCUGACCGAACUGGACCGGCUCUAUAAGCUGAGCUCGGGUUUGGAACGUACGAAUUUACAAGCAUCUUACAUGUUUGCACCGCCAUGUCCGGCGCAAGAGAAUGCCAUACGCACCAGCCAUAAUCGCUGGGAGACUUUCCAAAGGAUACGCAAUAAUAGACAAAAUCGUUUAAGAAUAAAGGGGCGAAAACGGAAAUAUGGAAAUGAUCUGUACUUUAUGGAAAAUCUCUUCUGCAAUUCCUGCCCGAUAUGCAAGCGAAAAUACGCGAUCGAAGCUGGAAAGAUGCCGCCGGAGGAGGACACCAAAAUGCAAGAAGAAAUCGAAACGGUUGAUGUGGAGAGUUGCAAUGAUGAUGUGCCCGAUUCCGGCUCCGAACUCACCUCACACUCUCAGCUCAGUGUGAACAGUUUGAGCCAUGGACAUCACCAUAAUAACAUUGGUAAUACGACGUUGAGCACCAAUAUGCACAGCAGCAAUAGUCAGCCCGGAAAAUUAGAUGGAAUCUUGUACCGAACGGCUUGUGUGAUCAAUAAAGAUGCAGCAAAUAGUGAGGAUGAUUUGAAUGCAACCAGCACUAGUGGGGGAGGAGGCGGUGGUAUUGCACCAAAUUGGAAUCAGGCGCAACACAAUACAGCUGCCACCAUUACGACGCAACAAGGACAUAUCAGUGUGAAAAAUGUCAGCGAACUGUCAUCGACAACCCAUCACUUCUACAACGCGGACUCGUGCGGCGCCGUUGAUGAGCGCUCCAGCAGCGGUGUUGCGGGGGGAGGCAACUGUAAUGGCAAGGAUGUUUCAAUGGAAACAUGCAAUGCCAAUGACAGCGACGAGGAUGUCAUUGUGGACGACGAUGAUUCUAUUAAAAUUACGAAUCUCUGCAGCAACAAGAAACGAAAGUACGAGGAAACCGUAGUUAGUAGCAGGACAUCGGAUAAUCACUCUCCAAUACUUGAGCAAGAACGGCCACGCUCGGAGCCACAAGUGACCAGCACAGAGCCGAACAUGGAAAUGGCUAAUAAUAAUAAUAAUAAUAUCAACAACAACAAUUCCAAAUACACCACCUUCGAGGAGUUGCGUGCAAAACAACAACAGCAAACGGAAGCGGAGAAUGGGCAUAGCAUUGGCGGCAACGUAGGCGGUGUUGGAGGUGGCAAUGGCGGUGGUGGUGUGGGCAAUUGUGGCUCGAAUGUGAACUUAAUGGUGCCGGGACUUACGCAAUUGGACACAAAGGUGGGAUUUAGUUCGGAUAAUAAACCGGACGAUGAAAACAAAUGUUUCAUUUGUAAGACAGGUAUAAAGGAUUUUGCAACGGAAUCCUUCUUUCGCGGCCGCAACUUGUACUUCCAUCAGAGUUGUGCGAAUGUGAUGAGCAGCUAUCGGCUAAGUAAGGACUUGCAGCAGCAACAACAAAACCUGAUACAACAACAACAGCGAGAAGCACAAAAAUCACCAUCGCCGCAACAGUUGGUGAAUCUUUAAGAAUUUAUAUUAUUAAACCCCCACAUACAACACCCUGAACCACAUAGAUAAGUACAUACAUCCAUCCCCCUGCACAUGCAAACUCGUAACUCGUAUAAAAAGUGGAAAAUGGACUAGCAAAGGUGUGCUUAUGUGUACCGUAGUAUUUCAAAAUUAAGAAAGUAGUAAAGUGCGGGUAGUGUGGCGCGCCGAUAUACAAUACAAACACGAGUUAGGGGUGUUCUUAUAUGUAUGGUAUUUUUUGUUUGUUAAUAAAAUGUAGGUAUUUUUUCUCUAUAUAUAGUUUUUUAUAUAUUUGAGGGCAUACGGGAUUAUAUUGUAUAGAGACGCAAAAUUAAAACAACCUUUAACAAAUUUUUUUUAGUUCUUCUCAGUUAUUCAAACAAUUAUUCAACCGAUAGCAAAUUAUAUAAGUAUACGUCCCUGUUAUGCUGAAGAAAAAUACGUGUGAUUGCGAUAGCAAAACAGAAAUCCUUUUUAACUUUUAGAAUCUUUAUAAAAUGUUGCAUAUCUCUCAUUUAAGGAGAGAACAUCAGGAAGUGGAUUAUUGUACUGUUUAAUAUUACAGUUUUUGCUGAUCAUAAUGAAAUAUUAAAUAUUUUGGUCCAAAAAAAAAUUUAUUGUCUGGGUGAUAUACGAAAAAAAUCAACACAGUCCUUGCUCAUGUUACUUCGUUUCCGUCUAAAAAAUGACUUAUUGGGCAAGUGUGUGAAUACGUGUAAAAUAAGCGAGCAGAAAACCUGGUAAUAUAUCAUCCUCGUUCAAAACCCACAUUUAAAUUUUUCAUCCACGUCACCGAGGAUUCGGCAGCCGAAUUCUGCAAAAAUCUUUUCGCCAUGAAAAAUGUCACCCUUGAAUGACGUUCAACAUUACAUUGAUCAUAAGAAUAUACAUGGGUUACCAACGCAGAAUUGUUAUGUCCCUACUGGGAAACCUGUUAUUAAUUAAAAAUUCAUGGCUGUAGUCGAGAAAUAAUUUCUAUGAGACAAUAUCUACAAAUUCUAAUAGUAUAGUAUAUAUAUAGUAUAGAUCAACAAUACCUAAAAAAAUGUCCAUAACAUUUUUGACCUUUUUAUAUUAUCACAUAAAAAAUUCACCAUACAUAUACUGGAAAAAAUUUAGAGUAAAUAUAAAAUGUUUACCCAAGGAAGAUAGGUUACCAGGUUUGGCCAAUGUACUAGGAUGCGAACAACUUGCUGCGUCACCGGGAACUCAGCAGCCGAAUUCGGGCUGCUCAUUUCACACGUAUUCACACACUCGUCGAAUCAGUCGUUCAGACCACAGACGACAACGAAGUAAUAUGACCGAUUUGUUGAUUUUAUUUGGUAUAUCAUCAACACAAUCUUAGUUUUUUCAUAAGAAAACGCUACCGUGAACCCAGUGACGGUAGCCAAUCAGCUAAUUCUAUCAAAAUCGCUUUGAUGCAGCCUGAUAUUGGUCACACCUGUAAAAAUCUUUCCCCAUGAAAAAAAAAUUAGAGUAAAUAAAAAAUCGUUUUCCUAUUUUUUCUACAGAAUAGGUAUAGUAAAUUUUUUUAAUGAUGAAAUAAACGAGUCAAAUGUCGUAGAAAAAAUUUACAGUAAAUAAAAAGUUUACCCAAUCCUUUUUCCAUUUUAUUUAGAAUAUGAAUAGCGAAUUUUUUUGUGAUGAAGUAGAAAGGUCAAAUGUCUUCGGCGGGCCUCCGUAUAUUUUUAUAACUUAAAACUCGUUCAAAACAAAAUUGAGAAUAAUUUAUUCCCAUAUACUCUAAAAUACGCACUGCAGUUCGUUUCUACUCAAAUAUAUCUACAAUUUGAUAUACAUCUCGCACAAGAUAUAUUUUCACUGGCACACAGCCUUAGAAGAACUUUGAAUAUGGACGGCAAUUAUUAUGGCUUUGUUCGUCUCCAGGCACCUUUUUUCAGAUUUCUAACUUCAUAACCAGUAAAGUAUUAAAGAAUAACCAGCUUUUACAGAAAAAAAUCUUGCGAAAAAAGUUAAGACAAUUUUGAGAAUUCUUGAGUAUUAUUAUUAAACAAAUGUCUUGACCAGUUUAAGAAUAACUGCCUUCAGCUCGAUACGCUUCUAUUAAAUGUAGUUCACUUAACCUGAAAAUUUGAAAACAUUCUAUUUUAUUAAGGUCCCAAAAUUUGUAUUCUCAAUGCAAAUUAAAGGACACCCCUAACUUAUACUCGUACACACAGUUACACACACACACGAUUAAACAUUAGCUACAGAGUUUUAGUGAAAAUGCGUGGAAUCCGAAUGUAUGCCGAUUAACAGUACAUUUUAUUUGUAGACUUCCAUCUUUUUAUUUCUACGUUAACAUACAAAUUUUUAAAGUUGUUUUGUUUUAAUAAAUUAGUAUUAAAAUGCAUUUCAAAUAAUUUCGUAUUGAUAUAUCAGUACUGGUAAGCACA